CUCUGUGAGCGCGGUUGAAGGAAAGAGAGAGUACAAAGAAUGGGAGACUGUCUGUGGCACGGGGACUAAACAUCUGACGACGACAUGGCCAUAGUUAUAAUAUAUACACAAAUUCAACGGCUGCCUGGGAACAGACGAACCCCCUGACGGAGUGGCAAUGGCUCCAUCAACGGCCGUCCUCCCUCCCUCUCACCGCGUCCAAACCCACAUGGCCAGUUUUGAAGCAAAGCGAUGCCAAGGCGCGGAUUGGCUCGGACGUGUGGUGGGGUUGAAUAUCAGCUUACCGUUACCCCUGAGCUGUUGUCUGUUUCAUGAGAGGUCUGCGAUUGAUUGGCUGCCCCUGUUUCUCGCAGCGGUUGGGGUCGUCUGGGGGUUGGCCAUUCGGCGGGUUGACAUGGUCGGAUACAGGGUCACUUUGCGGCGGUUGCGCGCCCAAAAAGGGCAUUUGAACACCAGAGGAUUGGAUGAUCGUCGCACCCUUGCGCCAAGUUGUCACAAGUGCUGCCCUCAGCCAGGCCCAUCCCCCACGCGGCCCAUCACCAACCCAUCUUUCGUUUGUUCUCUUCUGUGGGGGAAACCAAAAGAUCCGGGGAGCGGCGGAGCUGCGGGAGUGGCACGGGCGCCGAGAGCCAAGAAUGCUUAUUUGGACCUCGACCAUUUUGCUUUUUGAGAUGAAAGGAAACAAAUAACUACCCCAAGCUGGGGGUGAGACGUAGC